ACAACAUUCUGUUUGUAAGUUCGUUUUAGAGUUUCUCUAUUUAAUCGAUUUGUUUCAGCAAACAAAAGUUGACAAACUCUACCACAUACCUUUGCAUCUCUAGUAAUGAGCACCACAGUUGCCUUAUACAGAUCAAGGAAAGUUUUCUUGGAAACUAAUACCCGUCUUUGUUAAAUUUCCAUUUAUAAAAACAUACGCCUGUAAGCCAGCAAUUACUAUUGAUUACUUAGGAAACAGGAAAGGAAUUUAAAGGUUUGAUUUUGCAACUCAUUCUCAAAGUUUAAGUUUGCAUAAGAAGUACAUUGUACCUUCACAUUUUAGAGGUGAUUUAAGAUCAUGUGUAUAUAUAAGUUAAAUGCGUAAAGGUUGGUCAUGCACUGUGGUUGUUGAGAGAGAGGUAGUUGAAUUUGAAAACUAGCUAGAGAAGAACAUGUUGUGGUUUUGGUGGUGUUGUUUGGUGGUGACUUCAGGGUUCAUAGGAGGAUAUAGUAGUGAUGUUACGUACGAUGGAAGAUCACUGAUUAUCGAUGGACAACGGAAGAUCCUCUUCUCCGGUUCCAUUCAUUAUCCACGAAGUACUCCUCAGAUGUGGCCGUCUUUGAUAUCUAAAGCUAAAGAAGGUGGACUUGAUGUGAUACAAACAUACGUGUUCUGGAAUCUGCAUGAGCCCCAACCUGGGAAGUAUGAUUUCCAAGGAAGGAAUGAUUUGGUGAGAUUUAUUAAAGAAAUUCAAGCACAAGGCUUAUAUGUAUGCCUUAGGAUUGGACCCUUCAUUGAAGCCGAAUGGACAUACGGAGGCCUUCCAUUUUGGUUGCAUGAUGUCCCAGGCAUUGUUUAUCGAUCUGAUAAUGAACCUUUUAAGAACUAUAUGCAAAAUUUUACUACGAAGAUCGUAAAUUUGAUGAAAGCUGAAGGAUUGUAUGCUUCACAAGGAGGGCCUAUCAUUUUGUCACAGAUUGAGAAUGAGUACAAAAAUGUGGAACAAGCAUUUCAUGAGAAAGGACCACCUUAUGUUAUUUGGGCUGCAAAAAUGGCUGUGGAUCUUCAAACUGGUUCUCCAUGGGUCAUGUGCAAGCAAGAUGAUGCUCCUGACCCUGUGAUUAAUGCAUGCAACGGAAGGAAUUGUGGGGAAACAUUUGCUGGACCAAACUCACCUAAUAAGCCGGGAAUAUGGACAGAGAAUUGGACUUCCUUUUUUCAAGUAUUUGGGGGAAAAGCAAACAUAAGAUCUGCCCAAGAUAUCGCCUUUGCUGUCGCCCUUUUUCUUGCAAAAAGUGGGAGUUACAUAAACUAUUACAUGUAUCAUGGGGGAACAAAUUUUGGAAGAACAGGUGCGGCAUACGUGACUACAAGUUACUAUGAUCAAGCUCCUCUUGAUGAAUACGGUCUUAUAAGGCAACCUAAAUGGGGGCAUUUGAAGGAGCUCCAUUCUGUAAUAAAGCAAAUAUCUGAAACACUACUCUCAGGAACCAGGACUAAUUCCUCAUUAGGCAGCGAUUUACAAGAUGCAUAUGUUUUCAAAAAGAAUUCGGGAGAAGGUGUUGCAUUUCUAUCAAACCGUGACCCGAAAAAUCAUGUCAAAGUUCAGUAUCAAGAUUCUUUCUAUGACUUGCCUCCAAGAACAAUUGUUAUAUUACAAGAUUGCAGAAAUGUAAUCUUCAACACUUCCAAGGUUAGCGCUCAAGGCCUUACGAGGUCGAUAGGAUCAAGCCAAAAGUUUAAUUCAGCAGAGAGAUGGCAGCAAUACCAAGAUGUAGUACCUAACUAUGAAGAUACGUCAAUCAGAGCAAAUAUGUUGUUAGAACACAUGAAUGCAACUAAAGAUGUAUCUGAUUAUCUUUGGUAUACUUUCAGCUUUGAAAAUAAACAAAGUGGCGGGGAUGCUGUUCUUCAUGUUUACUCACUUGGGCAUGUAGUCCAUGCUUUUGUCAACAACAAAUAUAUUGGAGUUGUACAUGGGAGUCAUGACAUUCGGCAAGGUUGUGCUCUUGAGUACCCUAUCCCACUAAAUGAUGGGCAGAUGAACAAUGUCUCUAUACUGAGUGCUAUGGUUGGACUACCGGAUUCUGGGGCAUUUCUUGAGAAGCGGGUUGCUGGUUUACGUGAUGUGUAUAUUCAAUACAACGGCAAAACUCUUACAAGAUUCACCAGACAUGCAUGGGGUUAUCAGGUUGGCUUACUUGGGGAGAAAUCACUGAUAUACAAAGAUGAUGGAUCUGGUAAAGUCCAAUGGAGCAGUUUUACAAGUUUUACUAAUCAACCUCUCACAUGGUAUAAGAGGACAUUUGACGCACCUACUCAAAAUGAUGACCCGGUUGUAUUAAACCUUCAUUCGAUGGGAAAAGGAGAAGCAUGGAUAAAUGGCGAAAGCAUUGGUCGUUAUUGGGUGUCAUUUAACAACUCUGAUGGAGUUCCGUCCCAAAUUCUGUAUCAUAUCCCUAGAUCCUUCCUUAAACCUUCAGGAAAUCAGCUAGUUCUGUUGGAAGAAAUGCAUGGGGACCCUCUACAGAUUUCCCUGGAUACAAUCACAUUAUCACAGCCAAAAUGUCGGGUAUGCGGGAAGGUCUCACACCUCCAUAGUUCCCCGUUAAAUUUAUCUGGACAAACUUCUAGGAUGCUCUUUGGUAGGAGGCCUAAGGUUCAAAUUAAAUGCCCUUCAAGAAAAACAAUCUCAAAGAUCGUAUUUGCAAGUUUCGGAACACCUACAGGUCAUUGCAAGAAAUAUGCCGUCGGAAGGUGUCAUUCAUCCAACUCGAAAACAGUUGUCGAGAAGGCUUGUUUAGGGAAGAGCCGCUGCAUCAUCACGGAAUGGACCAAUUAUUUCGGGAAAGAUCCAUGUCCAGGAAUUUCCAAAAGACUACGGGUUGUAGCAGAAUGCCGAUGAAAGAAUGUCCAUUCCGCAGUUCAUGCUGCAUUUUCCACCUUACACAUGUCUAAAAUUUCAUCCUUUGAUAGCGAAAAAAAGAAAAAGAAAUCAAUAUAAAAUGCGUUGUAUAUGCAAAAAUCAUACGGAGUGAUAUGUUAUAUACAUGUUGAUAAAGAAUAAUAAGCUAAGGUAUGGCAGGUAGAACUGGCUCCCAAUUCA